CCUCUCUCAUUUGAAUACCCUUGCCGCUGUCAGUGCAAGUCCUGCACACUCCCUGACUAGAGCAGAGAGCAGGGCAUCCACACCGAGAGAAAGAGAGAGAGAGAGAAAACCUUUACGAGAGUCUUCCACAGGUCAUUUUUACUACAUAAAAGCCAAGAUGGCCAACAUUUCUCACGAUGAGAUGGAGGAAUUGAGGGAGGCCUUCAGCAAAGUUGAUGUGGACUCUAACGGUUAUAUCAGCACAGAUGAGCUGAAUGAGUUGUUUAGGGUGGCGAAUCUUCCUCUGCCGGGGUACCGGAUCCGAGAAAUCAUCCAGGAGCUCAGUGCAACCAUGGACCAGAACCAGGACGGGAAGAUCACCUUUGAUGAAUUCGCAAAGGUGUUUCAUGGUCUGAAGAGCUCCGAAGUGGCGAAGACUUUCCGAAAGGCCAUCAAUAAGAAGGAGGGAAUCUGUGCGGUGGCAGGAACUUCAGAGCAGUCUGGAACACAGCACUCUUACUCAGAGGAGGAGAAGGUGGCGUUUGUGAACUGGAUUAAUAAAGCUCUGGAGAAAGAUCCGGACUGUAAACACGUCCUGCCCAUGGACCCCAGCUCAAACGAUCUGUUCACUGCUGUAGGAGACGGCAUCGUACUCUGUAAAAUGAUCAACUUGUCCGUCCCAGACACCAUCGAUGAGAGAACCAUCAACAAGAAGAAGCUCACCCCGUUCACCAUCCAGGAAAAUCUGAAUUUGGCUCUGAACUCAUCCUCGGCUAUCGGCUGCCACGUGGUGAAUAUCGGUGCAGAGGACCUGAAGGAGGGCAGGCAGCACUUGGUUCUCGGUUUGCUGUGGCAGAUCAUUAAAAUUGGGCUGCUGGCCGACAUUGAGAUCAGCAGAAAUGAAGCUCUGAUUGCGUUGCUGAGGGAUGGUGAGAGUCUGGAGGAUCUGAUGAAGCUCUCUCCUGAGGAGCUGCUCCUGCGCUGGGCGAAUUAUCACCUGGAACAGGCCGGCUGCUCCAAGAUCAACAACUUCAGCUCUGAUAUAAAGGACUCUAAGGCCUACUACAAUAUCCUGAACCAGGUGGCGCCUAAAGGAGACGACGAGGGAAUCCCACCCAUCAUCAUCGACAUGACCGGCCUGAGGGAGAAGGAGGAUCUGAAGAGAGCGGAGUGCAUGCUGGAUCAGGCCGAUCGCCUCGGCUGCAGGCAGUUCGUUAUGCCCCCUGACGUGGUCCGCGGAAACCCCAAGCUCAACCUCGCCUUCGUGGCCAAUCUCUUCAACAAAUACCCGGCCCUGAAGAAACCAGAGAACCAGGACAUCGACUGGAGCUCCAUCGAGGGUGAGACCAGAGAGGAGCGCACCUUCCGUAACUGGAUGAACUCUCUGGGUGUGAACCCUCGUGUAAAUCACCUCUAUGGGGAUCUGGCUGAUGCUCUGAUCAUCUUCCAGCUGUAUGAGAAGAUCAAGGUUCCUGUAGACUGGGACAAAGUCAACAAGCCCCCCUAUCCCAAACUGGGCAGUAAUAUGAAGAAGCUGGAGAACUGUAACUACGCGGUGGAGCUGGGAAAGAAGGAGGCCAAGUUCUCUCUGGUUGGAAUCGCUGGGCAGGACCUGAACGAGGGGAACCGUACUCUCACCCUCGCCCUGCUCUGGCAGCUCAUGAGGAGGUACACUCUGAACAUCCUGGAGGACCUCGGGGACGGGCAGAAGGUCAACGAUGACACCAUCGUGGGCUGGGUGAACGACACACUGAAACAAGCUGACAAAAAAACCAUCUCAGGCUUCAAGGAUGGAUCCAUUAGCAGCAGCAUGCCGGUUCUGGACCUUAUUGAUGCCAUCCAGCCCGGAUCAAUCCGCUACGAUCUGAUUAAAGCAGAAGAUCUUUCAGACGAAGAGAAACUCAACAACGCCAAGUACGCGAUCUCCAUGGCGAGGAAGAUCGGCGCUCGGGUUUACGCUCUGCCGGAGGAUCUGGUGGAGGUUAAACCCAAGAUGGUGAUGACGGUGUUCGCCUGCCUGAUGGCUCGAGGCCUGAAGAGAGUUUAGAGCCGAGGAGCUUCUGCUGCUGCCACCAGAGAAGAUCCCGUUCAGAAUCUGCUGCCGAGUUUUAUUCUCUCAUUUCUACACGUUCUUCACGUCCAUCAGAAACCAGACGGGUCUGGAAAUCGCAGGCCUGCAGCGGACAGUGUUCUAUCCUUCAUUAUAUUUUCCUUUUCCUCUGAAUACUGUGAUCUCUAUCAGUAGCUUUGUUCAGUGCUAACAUGAGCUUAGAGGGAAAACAGAGCAGAAAGUAGAGGUUUUAAAAUGAAGAAGCUGAAAAAAGGAUGCAAUACAUUAUUAAUACAGAGAUUAGACAUGUAUGUUUCUCUGAUUUACAUAAAGUCAAUAAGAAAAUAAAUAAAACACAAUAGUUUUCUACUAAAA